CAUAAACAAAUAUGGCUAAUAGGGCAAUAGGACGUUUAACCGUUCGCUUGACAUCAAAACGCUUGACCCCACAGAAAGCACCCCUUGUUCUGGUAUAAAAUUCUCCUAAAUUUGCCUGAUCUUUACUAUUAUUUUAAAGACUCAACUCUAUUUAGCCUUACUUUAUAAUAAUUAAGUGAGAAUGCCUGUUGUCAGUGUUGAGUUGAGUAGGUGAAUGUGGUCAUUUGACAUUGUCAUUGUGGCAUGUUUGUGGUGUUACGCGACCGUAAUACUUAACUUUUCCUUAAGUUAAGUAGUAAUACUCUGUAAACUGUAUUGUACUAGAUGUUUGACAAUAAUUGGCAUAGUUUUUUUUGUGUGAAAAAAAUGUCUGCUACCCAGUCAUUCUACUGGUAAAAUUAAGUAAAGUAAGUUUAAGUAUAAGUAAGUCUUAAUUCUAAGUUAAAGUUAAUUUGUAAUUUAAUUUGGUACUGUUCUUUUUCAUUUUCCUCUAUUUAAUAGGCCUCCACCUAGCUUACUUAACUUAUUUGAAUCGAAAUUUUACAAGAUUUUAUUUUAUUAUAAUAAUAUAGCUUUAGUAAAGCCUUUGGCUUUACGAUUAAAUAAAAAGUAAACUGAAGUUUAUAAUUAUAAGUUCCUACUGUUACUUCUUAUGCAGUGGUGUAGGAAUGGGUUCGGAGCAUUGCAGUAGUCCAUGCCUGAUAGCACGAAUGCAGACACCAGUCUCUUUGUUGCAUUAAACGCUAAGAAAGGUCUGAUAUGACUAAUUCUGCGCAGCUCUAGAAAAAUCGCCUUGCAAAGCAUGUUAAUAUGAUUUUCCAUAGUUAGUGUUUUAUCCAAGUAGACACCCAGGUUUCGCACUGUUUGAGCAAACUCAAUCUGUAUAGAUCAGAUUAGUGGGCAAUACACCAUACUGGGAAAUAAUAUUAAACUUACCAAUAAUGUACUGAAUUAUUUUAAUUUUAGCAACUUUUAAGCGCAAGGAAUACUGGUAUGUUAAAAUAAACAAAAUCGACUCUUGUUUUUAAGUACCGUAUUUAUAUGGUCAUCAAAUUUUACAUAGUUAUCUUUUACUCAUGAAUUACCGGGUAUUAAGAAAUAUCUUUAAUAAUAAUACGGGUAUACAAAUCUAUGAGCUAUGAAUCCCAUUUCUUAAAAUAAUAAUAAUAAAGCGUGGUACAAAGUAAAAAAACCCUAUAAUUUACCACAUUUAAAACAAACGCAACACUACAAAACUAAUUACAAGCAUACCAAGUCAAAGUCAUUCUACCCAUUUCAACCCUAAGCAACACAGCCAAUAUGCAUUAACUGGAAAAUAUGGUAGACAAUCAUCCCAGAAGGUGUUUGCAAAAUAGAUGUGUCUUUAAAUCGGUUUUAAAGGACUCCAGUGUCUGGUUGUUUCGGAGAGCGACAGUAAGGGCGUUCCAAACUGUUCGGCCUGCAAAUGCGAAAGUGCGCUUUCCGUAAGUCUCAAGGCGAACACGCUGUGUCGAGAGUUUGCCACUAUCGGAUGAGCAGAGUUGUCUAGUGGGUACAUAAGGCACAAAAUAAAUUAUAUACAAACCAUGAUUUUAUAAAAAUAAAUACAUUUUUUAUAACCUUGGAUACUGCAUUUUUAGAAGAAAAAAAAAGACAAAAUAUUGGUUUUGCUAAAAUAUUGACAACUUUUUAAAAAAUAUUUUCAUUAAUUUUCAUAGAAUGUUUGUAUAGGGUUUGCAUUAGAUCAGCGGUUCUCAACCUGUGGGUCGCGACCCUUUGGGGGGGUCGCACGACCCUUUCCCAGGGGCACCUAAGACCAUCGGAAAACACAUAUAUUCUACAGUUAUGAAGUAGCAACUAAAAUAAUUGUGUGGUUGGGGGUCGCCACAACACGAGGAGCUGUUUUAAGGGGUCGUGGCAUUAGAAAGGUUGAGAACCACUGUAUUAAAUGAUGAUGUAUUUUAUUUGAAUAAAUUUUAAAUGUUUUAUAACAAGGAGUUUUUUCCCUUUAUGCGGUGUGAGAAUUCUGCUUUUAAUUUUAAAUUAAGUACUGGUAUUAUUCCAAUAUUAUUUUAUACCGGUAUGUAUUUUUAUAACAAAGUACAUAAAAUAUACAAAAAAUAUCUAAUGAUAGCUGAUUCAAAGAUGAACAAUUUAAUACAUAUAAGGUAUAACUGAUCAGAUCAGACCUAUUUCAGGUAUUUAUUACUGCUACCAAAAAUAUCACCUUAAAAUUUGUAACAAAAUUUAAAAAAAAACGACUGCAGAGAGUUAAGGUUCUAUCUAAAGACAAUUUUGGCGGCUGUUGCUCUUCGACCCAUUUUCAUGACUAUGCGUGAGGGAAACAUAGCACCCAGGGCAAUGCCAAUGCGGCAUGUAUUCUAGGAACCCCUGGGCUUGCCAAACAGCCAGUGGUGAAAACCUGUGACAUAAUUGGUUUACUGUGAUGUCAUAAUCAUAUAAAGAUUAUUGGAUUUUUGGUUGUUUUUUUUUUUGAUGUGGGGUGGGUGGGGGAUCAAAAGCUCACUGUACAUACCUAUUGGGGAGUCGUUAAAAAGUAAACAUGCAACAGGGGGAAUGGAAGGUAAAAAAUGUGUCUUUUUUCCUAAGUACUACUAUAUUGAUGGCCCUUCUUAAUUAUUUAAAACACAAUUCAUGUAUGGACCCAUCAAUUUAAGUUAUGUGUGUCCGAUUUCUGUCUGGCACACAGACCGAAAAAGAUAAGGAUCUCUAGUUCAAAAUGCUCGAAUAAAAUAAUGUAAAAUAUUUUUAUCUCAGUAAAGUAUACAGAUUAAUUAUCGUUAUUAUUUAUAAACAAUCUUAACAUUUCAGUAAAUCUUCAAAAAUCUUUUUUUUUAUUUGACAUUAACAAAACAAAUACCAGGUAAUGAAUUUUUUGUUCAAAUAUUCAUGGAGCUUAGCUGGACAUUAUUUAUGUUGAUAGUACUGUAGUAAUGUAUUACUAUUAAAAUAAAAUAAAAAAUUCUCUCUUUGUCAUUAGAAAAUUAUUCGCCUUUAAAAGCAAGUGAGAAAGGCAAUAUUUUUCUUUAUUUGUAAUUUCUCAGUCACAGCCUAUUUUACCAAGUGUUCUCAAUUAGAAGUUUAAAAAUGUUCCAUUAGUUUCUUAAAGAUGGCACGUAUUUUCACAACAUAGUUUUCUGAAGGAUGGCUCCAGCUUUACUUUCAAAAUAUUGAAUGAUUGUUUAUUAAGUUUAAUGAUCCAUAGUUCCAAAUAUUUUAUUUGACAAAAACUAAAUAGACCAUCUAUUAGCAUGACGCUUGUCAAUAUUAUCCUUUACAGCAACAAGGAGCAUUUUUUUUGAUACCACGAUUUAUAUAAUUUAUAUUUGAAUAUCUUAUACUUGUAUUUCAACAGACACCAAAUGCUGUGAAGAAAUUAAAACAGUUAAUGGACGAAAGGCCAGAAAUGGUAAAUUUUAAAAAUUUUUUUUUUAUCUUAAUCAAUAUUAUCAACAGGACAAUUAUGAAGGCAAAAAUAAAUUCAUUUAAUUUCAAUCAAAUUUUAAUAAUUUUCUUUUACUUUUUUUGUAGGUACUUUAGAUAAUUUACUGGGCUAGUAAAAUGAAUUAGAAAGAUUGUUGACAGUCAAUCACUCUUUUUACAAGCUUUUUAAAAAACAAAUAUUUGAGUUAAUAUUUUUUAACUUUAUACACUAUAAGAAUAACUUAGUAUAAGCUAUUUUCACAAAUUUAAAUCUGUUUCAUGGAUCCUCCAUUUGUCUAUUCAGAAUUUUGUUUUAAUAAUUUAAAUUUUAAAUAGGUUGAUUUCUGAGCAAUGACAUAGUACAAUUAUUUUUUUUGAAUUUCUUCUCUAAUUUAAAAGAAAAUAACUCCAAAACAGUAACAAUGACCUACUCAUAAAAAAUUGUCUUAACAUUUUUGCAUUACUGAGUAUCUAUGAUUUUUUGUUUCCCUUCAUAAAAAGCUCAUGUUGUGGUCUGGAUAUAAAUAGAAGCUUGUACAGGUACUCCAAAAAUAAAAGUUUUAAUGAGUAUUUAUAUUGUUAUUAUUUCUACAGAAUGGUGUGAUGAUAGGAGUGAAAACAAGGGGCUGUAAUGGUUUGACCUACACACUUGAUUAUGCUGAAAAAAAAGGAAAAUUCGAUGAAGAAGUUAUUCAAGAUGGUAAGUUUUUAAAAAGAUAUUAAGCUUUAUCAUUUCCAGUUCUUUCUUUAUUCAAAUCAUUUGAAUUUACUUUUAUUUUGCACUGGAAAAUCUUAAUCAAAAUUAGCGUGGGGGCCAUCAAUAUAUUACUUAAGGAAAAAGUCACAUCCCCACCGCUCCAUUAUGUUUUCGGACCGCCUCACCAUGUGUACUUAUUAAUGAGCUUUUCACACUACACACCUAAAUAUAUCUGCAUUGACAAUUGUUGGUUGAGCCAAACCAAAGAACUAGAUCACAAAUUAUAUCAAACUACCUGGUACCUGUUACUACAGUUUUCACUAGGUAUACACCUUUUCUCAGAAUUUACGGUGAGAGUGUGCUGUAUAGUAUAUAGAGGUAUAUAUAAGCUAUUUAUAGACUGUCAGAAUCUCAGGAUCAUUUUUGCAAAAUUUGUUAAAUUGGUAGUGGAAACAGACAAUGUUUAAUUUUGACAUAGCUGUCAGAAUAAGAUAAGGUAAGAUUCUUUCAUUGAUCCAAAUAAAUGGAAAUGUUUUUUGAUUACAUUGCACAUAUUCAUUGUCAGGACAUACAUAAAUACAUAGUUUAACCAAGACAACUUUUCAAUUAUACAAAUUUAAACACAAGACAUCUAAAGUAUUUCUCUAGCGUAGAAAUCAUUCAUCGAUGAACCCCCUUAGUGACAAAAUUGACUUAAUUAGUGAUAAUUUAAAUUAGGUAACCACUGGGAGAGCAUGCUGGUAAAUUUGUACAGACUGGGGAACAAAAUAAUUUUUAUAUCUUUCAGUCCUAACUUUAAGAGAAAGAAUUAGCCCUGAUCGAGCUGGUCAGAGGUAUCUGUGAUGAAGAGGGUGGGAUAUAUCAUCCAAAUUAUACAAUUUUUACAACUGCAUUUUCCUAACAAACAAUUAUAACAACUUUAAAGGUUUUGAGGGAGGGUUUCGGAAUAUUUUUGCUUGAGUACGAUGAGUAAAUUUUUAAAGAAAAACUUGAAAUCAUAAUAAUUUGAAUACUAAUACUAUUAGGGCCUACAUAUCUGUAUCAUUUAAUUAAAGCAGUUUUCAAUUUUUUAAAACCUGUUUUGAAACACUAUGUGGUACUAUUUACAGAAUUCUCCAAUGAGAAAUUUAUAAAUAUUAUUAUGCAUUAGAUUAUUUUGCAGACAAAAUGACUUAAAAAACACUUUAGACAGGUUUUAUCAAAAUAAGUACCGUAUGAUAUCCUUAAUAUCAACACACUUUACAAUUUACUGCUGUCUUGGUUGUAGGUGUCUUUUUUAAUGUUAUUUGCAAAACCUAUUUCCCUUUAUGACCUUGAAAUCAUAUGUGAAGUUUGCAUUUCUGUUAAGAAUUUAUUUCUAUUUUGAUGAUGAAACUUUGUAUGAAAUAUUAGAAGUUUCUGACAUUUAAAUCAUUUAUUAAUUAAAAAUUGUGAAAUUAUUAUUUUAUAAUAUAUUUUAAAAAAUACUUUUGAAAAUAAAUACAUCACUAGGUUGUUUUUCUAUUCAGCCACUUUGGAAAGUACUUUUCAUGUAUUGUUUUAUUGUAGAAUGAGUUGAUGAUAAAUUACAUCUAUAUGAUCAUUUGGUAUACAAAAUGAUUAAAUGGGAAAAAGAAUAAAUAUUUAAUUUUUUUCAUGGCCAUAAUUAAUGUUGUACAUGCUUUUGACUUGAACAACGGGCUUGUAGCUUAUUACACUGAAAAAAACAAGCUUGUCGAUUAUUACACUGGAACCAACUGGCUUUUCGGUUAUUACACUAGAUCCCAACUGGCUUUUCGGUUAUUACACUAGAUCAAACGGGCUUGUAGAUUAUUACACUGGAACAAAUGGGCUUGUAGAUUAUUACACUUAAAUAGUUUUCUACAGAGCUAGAAAUAAUAAAUCGAAUCUUUAAAAUAAAAAAUAUGAAAAAAAAAAAUAUUAACCACAAUCUCUUUUCCUUUUUUUUUAUUUAGGUGUUAAAGUGUUCAUUGAUGCAAAAGCACAGUUAACGUUACUUGGGACAGAAAUGGACUACCAAGAAGAUAAGCUUACAGCAGAAUUUGUCUUUAAUAAUCCUAACAUCAAAGGCACUUGUGGGUGUGGGGAAAGUUUUAAUGUAUGACAGUGAUGAAUCCUCUAUGUCUUUACUAAAAAUUUAGAACUAUUUGAAAUUGUAUCCAGGGUCCUAAGUACCGCAUUUGCAGUCAAGUUCUAAGCUGCAUUAUUCAAUUAAUACAAGAAAUUUCAGCAUCAGCCAUCCAUCAGCUUUGUGAAAGUGAGUUUAAAUGUAGUUCUAUUGUGGAUACACUGAAAAUUAGUGCAUUUCCCUUUGGUUAAAAAAAUUUAAUUCUUUAAUAAUCAGGCUGUCAAAUAUGUUUAAAACUAAAACUUGGUCAGCACAAAGUAGGCCCGGCCCUUUUCUGACAAGGAAAUGUUUAUUUCAUAAGGUUUUUUAAAAUAAUCAAUUCCUUGCCAAAAGAAAUUUCAUGUGUGUGUGAAAUUGUGAUGAUGCUCAGAGACCCAAACCAUUGUCCUGAUAUAUUCUUUUACAACUAGAUCUACAUACAUUGAAUUUCCUGGCACGUUUAAGGCAAUUAUCUAUAUAACUCUAGCUUAAGUUUAAAUUACUUAAUAAGUUUUAAAAAAAACAACAAAAUUUUCUAUGAGAUAAAAAAAAUUUAAUUUUCAAAUCUAUUUUUUUGUCAUUAGUAUUUAUUGAAAAGGUC